CAUUAGCUAUAUGAGGGGUGAAGAGGUCAUACCCUGAUUCGAGGUUGAAAUUGCCGAACUGAUACAGAAUAGUGUCAAUUAUAUACAGCUGUGUCUUGAGAGCAAUGUUUAACUCCUUGAACAUGGCCUCGCUUCUACGUCUCACUCUGCGGCAUCGAGUGUCUUUCUUGGGAUCAGUGUCUCAGUUCCACACCCAGACGUGUCGCUAUGCAGCUCCAACCACAAAAAUGUUCAUCGAUGGAGAAUUUGUGGAGUCCAAGACAAACAAAUGGAUUGACUUGCAUAAUCCUGCCACAAAUGAAGUCAUUACACGGGUGCCAGAAUCUACCCAGGAGGAGAUGAAUGCAGCUGUAGAGUCUUGCAAAAAAGCCUUCAGUUCGUGGCGCAACAGUACCAUCCUGACUAGACAGCAGUGCAUGUUCAAUCUCCAGCAACUGAUCAAAGACAAUAUGGGAAAGCUGGCAAAAAAUAUCACUGAAGAGCAAGGGAAAACUCUGGUCGAUGCUGAAGGAGAUGUUCUUCGAGGUCUACAGGUUGUUGAAACUUGCUGUAGUUUAUCGGCUACGUGCCUUGGUGAAACUUUAACUGGAAUUGCCAAAGACAUGGAUACUAUGACUAUUCGAGAACCUCUUGGAGUUUGUGCUGGAAUCACACCAUUUAAUUUCCCUGCUAUGAUACCUUUGUGGAUGUUCCCAAUUGCCUUAACCUGUGGUAACACCAUGCUUAUUAAACCCUCUGAGCGAGAUCCAGGAGCUUGUAUGAUUCUCAUGGAAUUGGCAAAACAAGCAGGCUUUCCUGAUGGUGUUGUGAAUGUUAUCCAUGGACAACAUGACUCUGUAAACUUUAUCUGUGAUCACCCUGAUAUUAGAGCUAUAUCCUUUGUAGGAUCAGAUCAAGCUGGUAAUUACAUCUAUGACAGGGGAACCAAAAAUGGCAAGAGAGUUCAAUCAAAUAUGGGAGCAAAGAAUCAUGGUGUCAUCAUGCCUGAUGCAAACAAAGAAAUGACAUUAAACCAGCUUGUUGGCGCUGCAUUUGGUGCAGCUGGUCAGCGAUGCAUGGCAUUAACAACUGCAGUGUUUGUUGGAGAAUCCAAGGAAUGGAUUUCAGAAUUAGUAGAAAAGGCCAAAAAACUGAAAGUUAAUGCAGGUCAUGAACCUGGUGCUGACCUUGGACCAUUAAUUUCUCCUGAAUCAAAGAAUCGUGUCUGUGAUCUUAUCGAAUCUGGUGCUAAAGAUGGUGCUGAUGUUCUGCUAGAUGGCCGAAAUAUCAAAGUCCCUGGAUAUGAAAAGGGAAACUUUGUGGGGCCCUCUAUCCUUCACAAUGUUACGCCUGAUAUGAAAUGCUACAGGGAGGAAAUCUUUGGUCCAGUUUUAUGUUCUUUAAGUGUUGACACCCUUGAUGAAGCCAUAGAAUUCAUUAACAAAAACCCUUAUGGCAACGGAACAGCUAUAUUCACCACUAAUGGUGCUACGGCACGCAAAUAUGUAAAUGAAAUUGAUGUUGGACAGGUUGGUGUCAAUGUUCCUAUACCUGUUCCUUUACCAAUGUUUUCCUUUACGGGAUCACGAGGGUCAUUCAAAGGUGACACUCAUUUCUAUGGACGACAGGUAAGCAGAUUUUUGAUGGAGGCUUAACAGAGCAUUAUUUGU